AUGGCUCCAUUCCUCUCGACGCGUGCCUCCUUCCUUCGCGACCCUUCAGGACCAGCCACUGCGUUCAGGUCCCAGUGGACCACGCCCGGCGAUGUCUUCAGCGUCCUCCUCCUUCUCGGCGGUGACGUCGUCGGACGGGCUUUGGCACAGCUAACUGGGUCGGGACUGGCGCCCGUGGCCUUUUCAUUCGGAUGGGUGGCUUACUCCAUCUCGGCCCUCGUCUCCGCCGUCGGCGAGAACAAGCUUAUGCCCCUGGACCCCGACUGCCGAUGCAAGAUCAUCGACGUCAAGAAUGCAUAUGCUCGUGAAAACUCAAGCUGGGUGCUCGGCCGCAUCACCCGCGACUUUGGCCUCUGGCGGCACCCCGACGUGCAGGAGAAGCUGGACCAGGUCUUGGACAAGAGAUGGGAGCAGCUGAAGCAGAAGGACCCGGCGGCGAAUCGGCCACCCAUCGCAGGCCUGAUCGUGUCCGUAUACGAGCCCAGCAGGGACAUCGAGGCCGGCACAGUGUGCCGCGAUUUCGUCUACCGCAUCGGCCUGCUGGUCAUUGCCCUACAACUAGGCAUUGCUGCCAUACCCUGCGGUCUGUUUGGCGACUGGGGGAUACUCCUAUGGAAGAGGGAGAAGUGGGCUUGUCGAAGGCAGGCCAGACACAGCUACGUUCUGACGAGAGGAAACGGCUCCCAGCACGCCAUUGUUGUUAUGGGAAACGGCCACGGGUUCAACCUCGAGGAUCUGGCAACCGGCCAAGGCAACAUCAUGGUCGCCACCAACACGUCUACUCGCCUUGCCCUCCUGUGUCUGGCCGCUCUAUGGAUCAUGCUGCUCCUCACGGCGGCGGGGCUGAAGCAAAACACCUGGUUCCUCGUCGCCGUCGGCGGCAUCGGCAUCCUGCAAAACAUCUACGUUGCUGGCGCGCCGCGACGGCCCGAGACCUUCGGUCUGAUCCUAGACUUCAAAAAGGUCUUUGGCAAGCCAAGUGUCAUGGAGACCUUGUUGGAGGUCGAGAGUGAGUAUGAGAAUGUGGGACUCGCUUUGCGUCACGAGUUUUUCCCCGGCUCUCUCGGAAAGGAGGAUGAAGUUCGAUGGGGGAACUGCUUGCGAGGAUCGAAGAAGGAGGCCGGCGGUUAG